GCGUUUAUUUGCGUCCAUUUAUCAUAUCGAGCAUAUCGAGGUUAGUGUUAAGCGAUGCGAGGUGUUGGCCCUCAUAUGUGUGUGCUAAAAAUCAAUUUUUUUACGAAAUGAAGUGUAAUUAAUACGAAACUAAUACGCAUUUGAUAUAUUCAUAAACUGAAAAUCUUUCUCGCAAAAGUAUUUUUUUAUCCACGGCAAAAAAUGCAGAGUAUUCGUCAGUGUGUCAAGCAUUUAGCGUUAUACGGCAGAUCCGCUAUAAAUAGGACGAAUAUAUUGUCAAAUGCAACAAAUCUUGCGCCAGCAUGUAGUUUCCAUAUUUCUGCGAUAUGCAAAGGUAAAUUGAGUAACUACGAAGCCCCAACAGGAUUUCUAGAUUAUAAUAAGACUAUAUUUCCACCUCAAAAGCCAGGUGAAGAAAGAAGACCUGCUUAUGUAUGCCACAUGAAAGCUAAUAUAAAAUACAGUCCGAAGAAGAUGUGGUACAUCGCGGGUUUUGUGCGAGGAAUGUCCGUGGACGAAGCUGUGAAACAGUUGAGUUUUUUACACAAGAAAGGCGCUAUAAUUGCGAAGGAAGUUAUAUUAGAAGCCCAACGGUUGGCCGUGGAAGAGCAUAACGUUGAAUUUAAAAGUAAUUUGUGGGUUGCGGAAUCGUUCGCUACUAAAGGUAUCGUAAUAAAGGGAUUACGGCGUCAUGCUUUUGGACGGAAGGGAACCAUACACUAUAGGUAUUGCCAUUAUUUUGUACGCUUAGAGGAAGGACCACCGCCUAAGCAUUACUACCUACCGUAUCCUAAGACUGGCGAGGAUUUGUUGAACGAUUGGUUGAAAGAAGCGCACCAACGCAAAGUACCGAAUUCUUUGUAAUGUUAUGAAUAUGUAAUACUGUAAAUAUAUAUUAUAUGAAAACUAA